AUGGCGUGGCCCUGCAUCACCCGGGCUUGCUGCAUCGCCCGCUUCUGGAAUCAGCUGGAUAAAGCGGACAUCGCCGUCCCUUUGGUUUUUACCAAAUAUUCGGAAGCCACCGACCAUCCCCUGCCUCCCCUUGCUCCUCCCCCCCGUCCCGCUGCACCCAUCGACACCCAGCCCGGUGGGGAAGCGGUUGGGGGUGGAGGGGAACCGGGUUCUGGGUCUACCCGACCCGGUCCGGCCCCUCAUUCAUCACCUCCGGCCGAUUCGGUGAUGCGCCACGACUACAAACCUUGGAAGGUUCAACGCCCGGAACCGAGUUGCAAACCCAAAAGCGAGUAUCAGCCCUCGGAUACGCCCUUCGAGAAGGAGACCCAGUACCAGAAGGAUUUUCGUGCCUGGCCCAUCCCUAAAAGGGGUGACCAUCCUUGGAUCCCUAAACCGGGACCUUCUCCCGUCCUCGCCCUUGAGCGCGGCUCCCCGGAGAAAGCGGCUCAGGAGAAACGUCGGAAGGUGCUGGAGAAAAAAGAAGAAAGCCCCGAGGUGGUGGAGGAACAUCCUAAAGGGGGGCGAGGAGGGGAUGGGAGAGAGAAGCUGGGUCGGAAGAAGGCGGAGGAGGCGGGCGGGCAGGCGGCGGACACGGGCAGGGGCCGGGCUGCUGCCGAUGCUCUCAACAGGCAGAUCAAGGAGGAGGUGGCAGCGGCGGGGGUCAGCUCGUCCUACAGAAAUGAAUUCAGACCCUGGGUAGACAUCAAACCCGUGAAAGCUGUAAAAGCAAAGGCCCAGUACAAGCCACCAGAGGAGAAAAUGACCCAUGAAACCAGUUACAGUGCUCAGUUCAAGGGGGAAGCCAAUAAACCUGUUCCAGCUGAUAACAAAUACCUGGAGCGCAGAAGGAUACGCACCCUCUACAGUGAACCCUACAAAGAACCACCAAAGGUGGAAAAGCCUAGCGUAAAGCCUUCCAAACCAAAAAAGACCACAACAAGCCAUAAACCCCUGAAAAAGGCCAAAGACAAGCAGAUCACAUCUGGCCGGGCUGCCAAGAAAAAGAGCGCCGAGACCUCCAACACAGCCAAGCCAGAGGACAAGGAGAAAAGUAAAGAGAUGAACAAUAAACUGGCUGAGGCAAAAGAGAGCCAUGAAAAAAUCACUGGUGCUACAGACCAAGAACCAAGGACCUUAGUGCAGGACCAACACGUGUGAAGCUGAGCACUUUCUUCUGAGCAGAGGUUGGAGUAAACCUGUAGUCUGCAUGAAAUGUGUAAUGUCUGGCUGGCAUACAAUAAAUCUGAUGA